AUGUAUCAGAUAGUGGCACCAUCGGAGCAUAUCCCCGGGGUCUCUAUUGGUAUCGCUUACUGGCUAGGCGGUACUCUAUUGGCCGUCAUGGAGUCUGUUGGUGCGAUCGAUACCCUCCUCAUGCUCUUGCCGAAGGACCCGAGUGGAGCCGUACUUCUGCCCGAGUCGGCGUCUUGGCUCGCUCCCUUCCUGACACCUUUACCUCUGUCGUUCGCCCUUCUGUUCGUGCAGUUUCUGACGGUAUUCUUUGGAGGCAUCGAGGCAGUCUCUAAGCUGGCGGUGCUUUUCAUAGUAACUGUUCUCGCAACGGUGGUCGCCUUUUUCGUGUCUCUAGCCGUCCCUGUCUUCUCCACAGGGGCGGACUAUCUAAGCGGCAACUUGUGGCCGCAAUAUUCGGCUGAUACCAAUUUCAGUUCGAUGCUGUCUCUCUUCUUCCCGUGCUUCACGGGUAUCUUAUCUGGAGCUAACCGUACUGAUGUCCUCAAGGACCCACCGACCAACCUCAAGAGGGGCACUUUUGGUGCUAUAUCCUUCUCGCUGGUCAUGUACUCCUUGUUCAUGCUCCUUUGGGCUUCGGCUGCCGACGCGGACGCACUACGGGGUGCUAUGGAUAACGGCUUGCUCUAUAAACUGCUGUUGCCGAACGCUCCAGUGGCAUUCGUGGGCGUGAUGAUCUCUUCGCUGUCUCAAAGCAUGCAGUGCCUGGUUGUUGCGCCGCGGCUGCUCUACUCGAUAGCAUCUGAUAAUCUCUUACCACCCCUCCGUUCCAUCGCCGUACUGAGCGGAAAAUCUCAGGAACCCCAUCGAGCUCUCAUAGUAACUAUGAUCCCAGCCUGCCUGGCCCUGGGCAUCCUGGGUUCCUCCCUGGACAGCAUCGCUCCGCUGUUAACUAUGUGCUUUUUACUCUGCUACGCUUGCAUCAACCUCAGCUGUCUCGUACAGACGGUCCUGAGCUCCGUGAACUGGCGUCCAGAGG